CCUUAUAAAAAGUUAGUAAAGUGAUAACCUCCCAAAACCAAAAAACCAAAACCCAGUCACUGAGUCAAGAGCCUCAUCUUUAUAAUUAGAGGGUCCUUCUCUUAUAUUUAGGCUCUCUCUCUCUCUCUUCUAUUCUUUUUCACCAGAGAUUAGACCCAGACCACUUCUUUUUCUCAAUUGUACCCCUACACGUCUCUUUUUUUAAUUUUUAUUCCUCUAGUACUAAUAUAUUAUAUAUAUAUCUCUCUCCCAAAACUUUCAAUAUCUUUUUCUUCAACCAAAUUAUUUUGUUCUAUCAUUUUGGACACGGGACCUGUCCACCUUGCCCACCCCCGUAUCAAUUUCUCUGAAGCAACACACACCCACCAAAAAAAAACAAAAAAGGGUCACAGAAAAACACAUCUAUCAUUGUGUGAGAUUGAGAGAGAGUUGUAGCUGAAAAUAAAAAAGGGGCACAAAAUUCACCACACCCAUCCAUACCUUCAAAAUUUUUUGCCUGUGGCCUGGCUGGCUUCCGUGCAAGACCAAAACACCAAAAACCCCCAAACCUUACAUUUCUUUUAAAAGGGAGGUGAGUUGGGGAAUAACCAGUGAGAUCAUAAGCAUCAUAUGGCACCAAAAAUUUCAGUCUAAAAUCAUGGAAGUGCUUCCUUGUUCUGGUGUCCAAUAUGUUGGAGAAUCUGAUCGCUCUCAACAGAGUUCAGGAACAGUUUUUCUUUAUGAUGGUGAAGCUAACUGCCUUGAACAUGGAAAACAAGUUCAAAUGGGAGAUGGUAAACCGGGUAACUUAUUGCUAAAUGUGGAAGGGCCUCAAAUAGAAAAACAAGGCGAAAUUAAAGGGACAGUUGAUGAAUUGCCUACUUCAGAAGGCCACUGCAGUGGAGCUUCAUAUUGUGAUAGUCAGUUGGAAGACCAAAAUUUAUCUUGUGGCUCUCAUGAUUUUGAAGACGAUGAUGUAAAUGUGCAGAAUUAUUGCACGGACCCAUGCAUGCCAAACAGGGAGGAGGAGUCAUCUCUUGCAGAGCCCACAUGGCUGGAAGGGGAUGAAUCAGUGGCACUGUGGGUCAAGUGGAGAGGGAAGUGGCAAGCAGGAAUCCGAUGUUCAAGGGCUGACUGGCCAUUGUCAACUUUGAAAGCCAAACCAACACAUGACAGGAAGAAAUAUUUUGUGGUUUUUUUUCCACACACAAGAAAUUAUUCUUGGGCAGAUAUGCUACUUGUUCGUUCUAUCAAUGAAUUUCCACAUCCUAUUGCAUAUAAGACACAUAAAGUAGGAUUAAAAAUGGUUAAAGAUUUAACUGUUGCACGCCGGUUUAUUAUGCAAAAGCUAGCUGUUGGCAUGCUGAAUAUUGUUGACCAAUUUCAUACUGAGGCAUUGAUAGAGACUGCUCGUGAUGUGAUGGUUUGGAAGGAGUUUGCUAUGGAGGCUUCCCGUUGUGGUGGUUAUUCUGAACUUGGAAGAAUGCUUCUGAAACUGCACAAGAUGAUACUUCAACGUUACAUGAACUCUAACUGGUUACAACAUUCUUUUCACUCUUGGGCACAAAGAUGUCAGAAUGCACAUAGUGCUGAAUCCAUUGAAAUGCUGAGAGAGGAAUUGUUUGAUUCUAUUUUGUGGAAUGCAGUCAACUCUCUCUGGGAUUCACCGGUGCAGCCCACAUUGGGUUCUGAGUGGAAAACCUGGAAGCAUGAAGUCAUGAAAUGGUUUUCAACCUCUCAUCCAAUAUCUAGUGGUGGAGAUGCGCAGCAGCAGACCAAUGAUGGUCUCUUGACCACAGGUCCCCAGUUUAGCAGGAAGAGGCCAAAGCUUGAGGUUCGUCGUGCAGAGGCACAUGCCUCCCAGGUGGAGACAAUUGGAUCUGAUCAAGCAAUGACCCUUGAGAUUGACUCUUCAUAUUUUAGUGUUCGAAACACUGUAAAUGGUGCUACAUUAGCAUCUGAACCCUGUAAAGUGGAUGAUAGAAAGGAGGUUGCUGCUCCAACAGAUACGCCUAGUUUUGUGGCUGAUAAAUGGGAUGACAUUGUAGUUGAACCUGGAAAUUCUGAAUUAAUUCAAAACAAAGAUGCGGAAUUGACACCUGUGAAUGAAGUGGUCGCUACAGAAUCCUUAGAACCUGGGAGUAAGAAUCGACAAUGUGUAGCUUUUAUUGAAGCUAAGGGAAGGCAAUGUGUGAGGUGGGCAAAUGAUGGUGAUGUUUACUGUUGUGUGCAUUUGUCUUCUCGUUUCUUAGGCAGCUCUGCUAGGGCAGAAAGGACUCCGUCUGUUGACACACCAAUGUGUGAAGGUACCACUGUUCUUGGUACUAAAUGUAAGCAUCGAUCUUUAUAUGGCUCCUCUUUUUGUAAGAAACAUAGACCUCGAAAUGAAACAAGAGGGUCAUCAAUUUUUCCAGAGACGAUCAAGAGAAAGCAUGAGGAGAACCUUCCCAGUUCAGAAACCACAGAAUGCAAAGAUAUGGUAUUGGCGAGCAAAGUUGAAAGUCCUCUCCAAGUGGAUCCUGUCUCAGUUAUGGAGGGGGAUGCCUUACAAGGAAGGAACAGCUUAACUGAAAAUACUGAGCAUCCUGGUAAGGAUAAUAAUAGCACAGAGGUGCUGCACUGUGUAGGCUACUACCUGCACGAUAAUCUCAACCCAUGUCUGGAAAACCCAAACCGCCAUUCAUUAUACUGUGAAAAACACCUUCCAAGCUGGCUUAAACGUGCAAGGAAUGGUAAGAGUAGAAUUAUCUCAAAAGAAGUGUUCAUAGAUCUUUUGAGGGAUUGUUCCUCACAGGAGCGAAAGGUGCGAUUACAUCAAGCAUGUGAGCUUUUUUACAAGCUCUUUAAAAGUAUUUUAUCCCUGAGAAACCCAGUGCCUAAGGAGGUUCAAUUUCAGUGGGCCGUAUCUGAAGCCUCUAAAGAUUAUAAUGUUGGUGAAUUCUUUACAAAAUUGGUUUGCAGUGAAAAAGAGAGACUUAGAAGGAUUUGGGGCUUCAGUGCUGAUGAAGCUGCACAAGUUUCCUCUUCUAUCAUGGAAGAACCGGUACUGUUGCCAAUGGCAGUUGAUGGUAGUCAUGAUGAUGAAAAUACCAUUAGGUGCAAAAUUUGCUCUGAGGAGUUUCCUGAUGAUGAUGCACUUGGCAGCCACUGGAUGGAUAUUCAUAAAAAGGAAGCACAAUGGCUGUUCAGAGGUUAUGCUUGUGCCAUCUGCCUUGAUUCUUUCACAAAUAAGAAAGUCCUUGAAACCCAUGUGCAAGAGAGACAUCAUGUGCAAUUUGUUGAACAAUGCAUGCUUCUCCAGUGUAUUCCUUGUGGCAGUCAUUUUGGGAACAGUGAAGAGUUAUGGUUGCAUGUACUUUCAGUUCAUCCUGUUGAUUUCAAGCCAUCAAAAGCUGGUCAACAGCAUAAUCUGUCUGUUGAUGAGGAUUCUCCACCAAAACUUGAGCUUUGCAAUACAGCUCCUAUGGAGAAUAUCUCUGAGAAUUCAGGUGGUUUCCGGAAAUUUAUUUGCAGGUUUUGUGGGUUGAAGUUUGAUUUACUACCUGAUCUUGGCCGCCACCAUCAAGCUGCGCAUAUGGGGCCUAGUUUAGUCAGCUCUCGCCCUUCAAAGAAGGGGGUACGUUAUUAUGCAUAUAGACUAAAAUCUGGAAGACUUAGCCGUCCUAGAUUUAAAAAGGGCUUGGCAGCAGCAUCUUAUAGGAUUAGGAACAGGGCCAAUGCUAGUAUGAAGAGACGCAUCCAGGCAUCAAAGUCACUUAGCACCGUAGGGGUAAGUACACAGCCUCAUGUAACUGAGGCAGCCAGUCUUGGCAGAUUGACAGAUUCCCACUGCUCUGCAGUUGCAAAGAUUUUGUUUUCUGAGGUUCAGAAAACAAAACCUCGGCCCAACAACCAUGACAUUUUAUCUACUGCUCGUUCUGCUUGCUGCAAGGUGAGUCUUGUAGCAUCCCUGGAGGGGAGGUAUGGUAUAUUACCAGAACGUUUGUAUCUGAAGGCAGCUAAGCUCUGCAGUGAGCAUAACAUUCAAGUUAACUGGCAUCUAGAGGGGUUUAUGUGUCCUAAAGGUUGUAAGUCAUUCAAGGAUCCAUACUUGCUUUCUCCAUUGAUGUCUUUUCCACAUGGGUCUGUGGGGUACAGAUAUGCACAUUCAUUGGAUCCCGUGAACGACGAGUGGGAGGUGGAUGAGUGCCACUAUAUCAUUGAUUUACACCAAUUGGGAUAUGGGUCCACUCAAAAGGCAGUUGUCUUGUGUGAUGAUAUUAGCUUCGGGCAGGAACUAGUUCCAGUGAUCUGUGUUGCUGAUGAGGGUCUUUUGGAUUCUGUUCACGUCCUUGCGGACAGUUCUGAUGGCCAAAAUGUUAUGCCUUGGGAGAGCUUUACCUAUGUUGUGAAGCCGUUGCUUGAUCAAUCCAUUGCUGGUGAUACAGAGAGCUUACAAUUGGGGUGUGCCUGUCCACAUUCAGCAUGCUAUCCUGAAACUUGUGAUCAUGUUUAUCUCUUUGAUAAUGACUACGAUGAUGCAAAAGACAUUAAUGGGAAACCCAUGCACGGAAGGUUUCCGUAUGAUGAGAAAGGCAGGAUUAUCUUGGAGGAGGGUUACCUUGUUUAUGAGUGCAAUCAUAUGUGCAGCUGCAGUAGAACCUGUCCAAAUAGGGUUUUGCAGAAUGGGGUAAGAGUGAAGUUGGAAGUCUUCAAAACGGAGAAAAAGGGUUGGGCUCUGAGGGCAGGUGAAGCAAUCCUGCGUGGCACGUUUGUAUGUGAGUACAUUGGUGAGGUCUUAGAUGAAGAGAAAGCAAACAAGAGGCGCCACAGGUAUGGGAACGAAGGUUGCAACUAUCUGUAUGAAAUUGAUGCUCAUAUCAAUGAUAUGAGCAGAUUGAUUGAAGGACAGGUCCGGCAUGUGAUUGAUGCUACGAUAUAUGGAAACGUUUCACGGUUCAUCAAUCACAGCUGCUCGCCAAAUUUAGUCAAUCACCAAGUUCUCGUGGAAAGCAUGGAUAGUCAGCGUGCACACAUUGGUCUUUAUGCAAGUCGAGAUAUAGCUUUGGGUGAAGAGCUGACAUUCAACUAUCGGUAUAAGCUGCUGCCCGGUGAAGGUUAUCCAUGCCAUUGUGGAGCUUCCAACUGCCGUGGCCGCCUUUAUUAAAUUUCAACCAACCUUAGCACCCUCUGCUUCUCUAGUCUGGACAACCUAGUGCCUAAAAUUUCAUUGGAGAACAGGAAAAUCUGAAAUUGGAUACAUCAAAGCAGUGAUAGAAUGGCUUGAGACCCCGACAGAAUGGCCUGCAAUUGCUAUAUAGUGUGCCCCCUCGCCCUUCUGUAAAUUACAACCUAUGUUUCUUUGUUCAUAUAAAUCCUCACCCCCAACCAAGAAAAGGGCAAUUUUACCAGCAUUCUAUACAUGUUUCUUUGCAGAAAUGAGGAUGAAAUGUCAUUUUAUCAUUUUUUUUUUUUGUUUUGUUUAUUGGGAAUUUUUUUUUAAUCUACUGCAGAAGUGGCUCCGGAUUAGCGAAUUGUAGAUGGCAUUCUCGAUGUUCAAAUUUCUCUCUGGUCUGGUGGGAAUGCAUUCUCAAUUUUUAAAGUC